ACAACACUCACUCGCCCAAGCAAUCAUACACACAAGAUCUGUGAAAAAUCGUCCUGAUGGGUUCUCAACCUCCUGUCCACAAGCGGCUCAUCGUCUGUUGCGAUGGGACGUGGAUGAAUAGCGACAACGGCUACGUAGAGCCGACUCUAGAGCAUCCUCAGGGAACGCUUCAAGUACCUUCGAAUGUGACGCGAAUCAGCCGAUGUUUCAAGCGGCGGUGCAAUGAUGGCACACUGCAAAUUAUAUCGUAUGAAUCCGGAGUAGGAACUGGUAGCAAUGCCAUUGACACCCUCACCGGCGGCGCAUUCGGCCUGGGUCUCUCAGAACGAGUCCGCGAAGCGUACUCAUACCUAUCCUCCAACCAUAUGGACGGCGAUGAAAUAUUUCUCGUCGGAUUUUCUCGAGGGGCCUUUACAGCUCGAUCGGUCGCAGGAAUGAUUGGCAACCUAGGCCUUCUCACCAGGGAGGGCUUGGAAUACUUCUAUCCCAUCUUCAAGGACAUGGAAAACUGGAACAACGACGAUUACGACGACGAGUUCCCAGGGCAGCCGUUUCCCAAUAAACCUAAGGGACCAAACGCAGCCGCCGUGUACCGAAAGAGGCUCGAGGAGCUGGGGUAUACCCGCGUUUACCAGGAGAAUGGCGAGUUGAUCAAGAUCAAGGCCGUCUGCGUUUGGGACACUGUUGGUAGUCUGGGUAUCCCCAAGGUUUCGUGGCUCGACAAGAUAGGCAUUCAUCCCUCAAACGACGAAUAUAAAUGGCAUGAUACAUCGCUGUCGGAUCGCAUAGAACAUGCCUUUCAGGCACUUGCUCUGGAUGAGACUCGUGCUCCAUUUUCCCCAGCUGUCUGGGAACGUCUUCCAGAGAAUAGGUUGACGACCGAUCUUAGACAGGUCUGGUUCCCAGGAAACCAUGGAAACUGUGGUGGAGGUUGGCCCGACCAAGAAGCCUCUGACUCUUCACUUGCCUGGAUGAUGGACCAGAUGGCAUCUGUCGGAGUCGAGUUCGAUUUAUCAUGUCUCGAGAGGGUCGCACAAAAGACCAUCGGCUACUACAAAAGCCUGCAAACUACAAAGAAGAAGGGUCCAAAAUGGGCUGUUGAUCCCAUCUAUUCAAGCAACCAGCCAGUGCGGCCGUGGGCACUUGGGUCCAUCAAUAAGGCUGGCAGCUUCAUAUACAAACUCUCGGGAUUCGAAGACAGGACGCCUGGUUUAUACAAGCGAACCGAUCCGAAGACAGAGCGUGACACCAACAUCUUCUUGCAAGACACCAACGAACGAAUUCACAGCUCUGCCAGAGUUCGGCUUGCUUGCAAAGGUCUUGGAUUGGACGAUAAGGGAGUCUGGAGCUGUCCAUCCCUAUCCAGCUGGCAGUUGAAGCAUACGGAUGCAAUGUUUCAAGACCCGAUACCUCACAACCCCAGCUGGUGGCAAGGCCCGCCCGAUGAAUCUGGGCUGGAUAAACAACAGACUGGAAGAUGGAUUUGGGAGUUCGCGGGGCCAAAGGGUUCUGCGCCUACGGACCCCAAGCAGAGGAUCAUGGUGGAGGAGCCAUUGGGACCUUAUGAACGAUAUCUGCUUCAACUCUCAGAGGGAACACCAAACGUCUAUCUGUUUGCCGAGACUCAAGAUAUUGACUGGCAGGGUAAGAAGAUUCCCGCCCUAAGAAGCGGCAAGGAGUGAGGCGGUCGAGGAGCUGCCGCUUGGAGAUUGAUGAUUUAAUGGCAGAGUGGUGACGUUCACAGACAAUUGAGCGUAUUUCAUCAGGAUAUAAUACGGCAUUGGAAUUUGGAAACACGGCGUUUUAUAGAUGUGAAUAAGGCUAUCAAUGGGAUUUGCACUAUCUUGAGUACCUCGUGCUUUGUUCAUUGUGGCAAGUUUGGAGGCUUCUUAGAGUCACGUGACAGCGUAUCAAGCUAAGGCGCGAAGGCGCGACUGC